UGUUUACGCGUUUAUGGAUCAAAAGCUUUGACGAUUCUUCCUUCCGUGGGUUAUAUCAAACCACCGGGUCAAUCUACUCGUUUACUUUUCUUCGGUCUUCUCUGCCUCCACUAGAGUCUUCCGAUAUAUCUUUGAUGUUUCCGCAUCAAUAAUGCCAGAGAGAGAAAGAGAGAGAUUCAUAACAAGACAACUAACUGCUGUUUCUAAAUUUCCUGUCUGAUUAAAUACCACAAGUCCAACAAGGGUUCGAGAAACAGGGAGGUUUCGAGAAGCAAAGUUUUUAUUUUUUUUCCUUCUUCUUUUAUCUGAUUAGGUUAGAUUAAUACGAAAAGGGAUCAAGAUUCUUUGAGUUUUAGAGGGUUUUUAGGUUUUGAGUUUCUGAGAAGCUUCUGUUCAAUUGCAAAACAGAGGAAUUACUCUGUUUUUGGAGAGAUCACUCUGUUUCUAGAGUUACUGAAUCGAAAGUUCUGAUCUUUGAUUCGUGAAACUUAUAGUGUUUUUUUUAGUUCUGCUCUUCUGUAGUAUCCAUAGCUACUAGAUUCGGAACUCGGAAGUGCUUUUAGAGAUGGAUGAGAGUAACCAUGGAGGUUCAUCAUCGACCUCACUCCCACCUUUCCUCACCAAAACUUACGAGAUGGUUGAUGAUUCCUCAUCGGAUUCAAUUGUCUCGUGGAGUCAGAGCAACAAGAGUUUCAUCGUUUGGAAUCCUCCAGAGUUUUCUAGAGACCUUCUUCCUAGAUUCUUCAAACACAACAACUUCUCAAGCUUUAUCCGACAGCUCAACACAUACGGUUUUAGAAAAGCUGAUCCUGAGCAAUGGGAGUUUUCUAAUGAUGAUUUCGUGAGGGGCCAACCUCAUCUUAUGAAGAACAUACAUAGACGCAAACCUGUUCACAGCCACUCUUUACCUAAUCUCCAAUCUCAGCAAAGCCCGUUGACCGAUUCAGAACGGCAGAGAAUGAACAACCAGAUCGAGAGACUGACAAAGGAGAAACAAGUGUUGCUUGAAGAGUUACAUAAACACGAGGAGGAACGAGAGUUGUUUGAGCAGCAAGUUAAGAAGCUCAAAGAUCGGUUACAACACAUGGAGAAGCGUCAGAGAACAAUGGUUUCGUCUGUCUCUCAGGUACUUGAGAAACCAGAGCUUGCUCUGAAUCUAUCACCGUGUCUUCCCGAAACAAACGAGAGGAAGAGAAGGUUCCCUAGGGUUGGGUUAGAGACAUGUGGUGUUGUGAGAGAGGAAGGUUCUACAAGCACUUCUUCACACGAUGCAACUACGGAGCAUCAGGUGGAACGGUUAGAGUCAUCGUUAGCGAUUUGGGAGAAUCUUGUAUCGGAUUCUUGUGAGAGUAUGUCACAGCAAUCAACGAGAAACAUGAUGAGACUUGAUGUGGAUGAAUCAUCUACUUGUCCGGAAAGCCCUCCUCUUUCUUGCAUUCAGCUAAGUAUCGAUAUACGUCUCAAAUCUCCUCCUUCUCCAAGGACUAUAGACAUGAACUCUGAGCCUGAUGUUUCGAAAGAACAGAACAGUGUUGCUCCUGCUCCUCUUGCUCCAGCAGCAGGAGCGAAUGAUGUCUUCUGGCAGCAGCUUUUGACAGAGAACCCUGGAUCGACCGAGCAACGGGAAGUUCAAUCAGAGAAAUCUGAAGAUCGGAGUGAGAAAUGUUGGUGGAACUCGGGGAAUGUAAAUACAAUUACAGAGCAGCUUGGACAUCUGACUUCUUGAUAAAGAAGUUGAUAUGUCAAGGAUCUCUACUUUAGAUCUGUUUUUUUUUUUCUCUCUUUUAGUUUCUUGUGCUAUAGGUUGGUUUCUUUGUUUUCGGUUAUAAGCAUUUGGGUCUGUCUUUCAUCAUCAUAUGUAUGUCCUUUGAGUUCAUGUCAGGAGACUACUCUAUAACAUUAAUCUUGCAGGAGGA